CUAAUAAUAUUAUUUGUUAUAUUUAUAAUUAUUAUAAAUAUGUUGAGAGUCUGUGACUCGUGAGAGCGUGAGACAGUCAGAGAGAGAGAGAGAGAGAGCGAUCUGCCGGUACAAAUUCUACUUAAUUUUCUCCGUUUCAUUCAUCUGCUACGCUCAGUGAGGCAGCGAGGCAGUGAUAUCUUCUGACGGUAGAGACAGGAAGAGUCUCAGAGAUAGAGAGAAAGCGAGCGCUUUGUGAUCGGUGAUCAAUUUCUCUCAGUUUAAAGGUUGGAAGGAAUAUUAAGGAGGAGGGGCACUGGACGACGAUCUCCUAUCUCUGUUUGCUCUGCUUCAUUUCUCUAUCUGAGAAUAAUAUUUGUCAAUUUUUGAAAUGGACGAGCGGCAGACGCCACACCCACACCCACAGAAAGAAUAUAUAACCUACUCCAAUAAUGUCACAACUUCUGGCAAUGCUUUGCCUACUGCUUUAGCUUUGUCUGUCGUUUCUCAGACUGAUACUAGUGCUUCGGAUAGAACUCCCACUGUUGUGUUAGAUAUUGAGAGCCUUGCACAACCCUCAGAUAGAAGCUCGGGAAGCCCCAAAAUGACAAGAGCACUCUCAAGAAAAUGGUCUUAUCGAGCAGAGAGAUUUUUUAAUACUGACGAGGAAGACACAGAUGAACCCUCAAAGAAACUUCUAGUGAAAGUGAACUCUCAGUUGGAGCCCUUGAAGCAGUCAUUGAUCACCGCAAAAGCAAUCUCGGCAGCCUCAAAUGCUCUUACAGGCUCCAAUCUCAUUGACACGGGGGAUGGACGGAGCAAGAGGUUGAAUCGCUUUAUGGCAAUCAACCCUCGGAAGAUCCUUUUCAUAUUUGCAACACUGUCCAGUAUGGGCACAUUAAUCCUCAUAUACUUCACACUGGCCAUUAAUAGAACAGUUUGAUAAACCAUGGAUGGAGCUGUGCUCUGAAUAUACUUAUGUGAUCGCAGCAUUCUCUCUCUGUCUCCAGUUGGUCUCGGACUUUAAUUUUCUGAUGCUGCCUUAAUUUGUUGGUAGCUGUGUGUGCUGGGGAUAACUGCUGCAUAUCCGUGAUCCAUGCUGCAAUCUUGAUCUAACGGUUGGUCUGUCUCUGCCUGCCAGUUGAGGAGAUCAAAUAUCAGUAUAUAUGAUUGUUGUUAAAUGAUCCAGCGUUUUCAGCUCACCAACUGCGGAACUUAUGUGCAUGGACCAGAGCUGGCUAGGUUAAUUUUGCUGUGAUUCUUGUUUUCAACGCAAAAGGGUUCUAUUCUAUACAUAAAAAAACCUUUCAAUUCCCAGUCUCAUUUAUAAAUUAUAGGGCAUCACUCAGGUGUUACCAUUUAAAAUAAAAAAACCCUCCACAAGGUGAAGAAGUAUGUAAUUAAUUAGGCAUUUUGAAUACAUUGGCACCUCUCUGAUAUAACUGUUGUACCAUCAACAUCUCGUUUUGUAUGGAUUCAUCUA